CUAAAUGUUAGAUACACGAGCAUUUUUGACCUAACCUUCUUAUAUUGGUAAUAUUCUUUAAUAAAACCACUGAUUACAAAUAGAUAUAUGUUAAACUGGAUAAAACCAACAAACCGUAGCAUACUGUAUGUUUCUCUCUGCUGACUUGUAUUUUCAAUGGCGGUUUAAUGGAUGCUUGUGUGUAGUCAAUCUUUAAUUCUAGCUUUCAGCACAUAAGGCUUCAUCUUGGAGAGCAUUGCUUUCUUUUCUAGUGAAGUUUAAAAUGAUACAUAGGAGAUAAAGUUGUUCACCAGCUCUCAGAAUUGAACUAUUCUUUUCCUACUUGACAUUUUCAUUUUAAAAUUGCUGUGUAGGAGCUGCAUAAUUUUAAAUCUUCUCAUACAAUUAACUUUCACCUCAUUCUUAGAAAUAAUCUUAUCUUGUUCUAAAGUUCUGUAACUUUGUAUUUGAAAGGAGUGUGCAUUGAAAAGUUGCUGCAGCUCCUUACUGACUAAAGAUGCUUUCAUGUGGUCAGUGUUUUUAUGGGAAGAAAUCAGUUAUUCUAAAUAUUCUUUUGAAGAAUUAUAAAGAAUGAAAAUUCACUUCGUAGGUAAACUGGGUUGUGUGUCAUGAAGACAAUAUGAGGGGGAAGCUCUGUGUGCUGAGCAGUUUUAGUCUUACCAUAAAUUGCAUAUUACUAUUCUGGUAUGUGUACCAAACAUCUAUAGAACUUACAGAUAUUUAGUUACAUGUUUAAUGUAAACAAAUUGACCAAGUUUUCUUCCCAAAUUUGAAUACUUAACUAUAAAUAGCCUGACUUUUAAAUAUGUCAAACUCUGCAGCUCCUGUUGACCUAAAUGGGAUCUAUGCAUAUUCAGCACUCUUGAAGAUCAUGCUGCUUAUUAGAGAUCUCACUUUAAAUGCCUGUGUAUAUAAAUAUAAGUAGAUAAUAAGGCAUUUAAAUUACUGAGUAGUGAUAUUUUGACCAUCUGUGUGUGGGUUUCUUGGUUUAAUAUCUAGAAGAUAACAGUACUAUUGCAUUUCAGAAAAAGUAAUAGUUGUGAUAAAUUAGGCUGAGAGGAUUGUAUUUCACGGUAAUUUUAUGUUCCAACCAGUGUUGAAACAGGCUGACAGUUGCCCUUUAACAAAUUCAGCUUCAUUCUAUAUGUAUAUUGACUUCAUAAAACAGUUUAAAUAGUUUGAACUGAUAAUAAACAAUUUGGAAUUUAAUUUUAAAUUAUUUCCCUUUUCUCAUAUUAAAAUAACACCUAUCAUCCUUGUGUUUUUAUAAGCUAUUGCAGAUCACAAGCCUCUGGUAAAGUAAUAAGCGGAGAAGAACAUUUUUCAAGCAAAAAGUGCCUGGCUUGGUUUUAUGAAUAUGCAGGUCCCGAUGAAGUUGUGGGGCCCGAAGGAAUGGAAAAGUUCUGUGAAGACAUUGGUGUUGAGCCUGAAAAUAUUAUUAUGUUAGUUUUAGCCUGGAAACUAGAGGCUGAAAGCAUGGGAUUUUUUACCAAGGAAGAAUGGUUAAAAGGAAUGACCUCAUUACAGUGUGACUGUACAGAAAAAUUACAGAGUAAAUUUGACUUCUUGCGGUCACAAUUGAAUGACAUUUCAUCCUUUAAGAAUAUCUACAGAUAUGCCUUUGAUUUUGCAAGGGAUAAAGACCAGCGAAGUCUUGAUAUUGAUACUGCAAAAUCCAUGUUAGCUCUUCUGCUUGGAAGAACUUGGCCACUGUUUUCAGUAUUCUAUCAAUACCUGGAGCAAUCAAAGUAUAGAGUUAUGAACAAGGAUCAGUGGUACAAUGUACUGGAGUUCAGCCGAACUGUCCAUGCAGACCUUAGCAACUACGAUGAAGAUGGUGCAUGGCCUGUACUUCUGGAUGAGUUUGUUGAAUGGCAAAAAGUUCGUCAAGCGUCAUAGCAAGAAUUCAAAAGAAAAUGCAAAAGUGGUUUUUUUUGGUGCCCGCCUGUACACAAACUAAUGAGAAAAAGGAUUGCAUUUUCAUUCUUAAGAAAGACUUUACAGUAAUUUUUUUUCCUUUUUUAAGGAAAUUUUCUUGUUACAUGUGAAAUGGGCAUUGAACCACACCUCUUCUGAGACUGAAAGCUGGAGUUCUUGUUUUGAGUCUUAUGUUUAUAGCAUUUAUUUCAGUACAAUAAAGAUUCAGAUUUGUGACAAAGGCCUAAAAGUGAAGAAUGUCCCUUGAAUGUGAGUGUGGUGUCUAUUUUUAAAACCAAAUCUUUAAGAUUAUCUUUCUCAGAAGUGCCCUUUGCUAUGAAUUUUUGAAGACCUUAAAAAUACUUAACUGGCACUGUUGCUUGCUGAUGGUAUGAUUGUCUUGUGUGACAAACAUUAGAAGGAAUGACUGAUUUUUGGAGCCCUGGGUGGGAGUGUGCUAAUUUGCAUAUUAAGUAUUGGUCAUGGAUUAUACCACAGUUUUCAGCUCCUGGUGGAGAUAAAGGCCUUAAACUCUUUUUUCUUUUUUCUUUUUUGUUCAGUGCCCACCCAGUGGCAUGGCAUUUAAUGGCAAGCCCUUUCAAAGCAGAAAGGUGUCGAGCAUAUGGCUGUACAUGUAGAAUUGCUGAAAACUAGUUGCCUGCACUGAUGGUGAACACAGAUAACCUUUGGUACAGUAAGGCAGCUUCAAAUUUUUACUACAAUUCAGACUUUGGAUUGCUUUGUAUAAAAAGUGCAAUUUAUAUGUUAAAAGGGAAAGCUGGAAAGUCUUGGUUUCAAGCUUUGCUUAUUACGUGUUUUAGACUGGAAGCAUUCACAACAUGACUUUUUUUUAUCUCCCUGGAUGCUCUUCAUACUGUAAGUCAGGAAGAGACUAUUAAAUCACCUACCAUUGACCUGUAUAUAGUAGGCUAUUAAUUUUUACCCUGUUACUCCAUGUAUUGAGUCCAAUAACUACUGUGAGAUUGCCCUUUCAGGCGCUCAGUAUUUGUGGCAACCUUUACCUUCCUGCCCAGGAGGCCCAAUGCCACCCUUGAGAAGGAAAGGGAUUUUAAUCAGUAAAUGUGAGAAACCAAAACAAUGAGAGAAUGAAGCAUUUGUAACUUCUACUUUGUUAUAUAAAUAUAUUGUGCAGACUGUGAUAAUGCCGUGAGAGUCAGUGAUCAAGGCCUCAUUGUGCCAAAUACAGCUUGAAAUAAGAAUAGACAAUGUAAGCUAGGCAUGACUUGAAGAUCUUUGCCUCAGGGAAAUGACCUGUUUUGCACAUCCCUUAUUCAGACUAACAAGCAUGAGUUUUCCUAUCCUUAAGGAAAGCUUUAUUCCCAAGAUUAAUUUUUUUUUUUUACAAGGAGGGGGGAAAAGAAGGGAAAAGGUGUGAGGAGAAAUAAUGAGAAGUAGGACAAACUAGUAGUGUGUGCCUGUGCUGUUCUAUUAGAGAGGACUACUCUUGCAAUUUAUUUUCCAGACUUUGCUGGGGAAAGCAAUGCAGUGGUGGUCCAUGGGCUGUUCUGCAAGUCACCUGAUAGCGCAGUUGGAGCUUGGUUCUGCUCAAAAGGAGAGGAAAAAAAAGAAGGCAUGGGGUGGGAACCAAAUCAAACAGCAGUUGAGAUACCAGGAGAUCUGCUUGUUCAGUGGCUAAUGUCUGUGUGCAUGCAAACAUAUGCACUACAGCUGUUCUAAAUAUUUUUCCACCUUUUUUUAAGGGAAGUACUUAAUUUUGGACCUCAUGUAGGCUACAGCAGUUCCCUUCAAUAUGUUACAAGUUGACCAUUUGCAUUGCUGAUAAUUAUGAUUUCACUCAUAAGAGUGCCUUUCAUUUGGAAUUUGUCCUACCCUACAGAAAGUUAGUGCCAGAAUGAGAUUAACUCCAAGAGUCUCAAAAUCUACUAGUAGAUUAAGGUCCUAAAAUGCACAGAUAAAGGUGACCCAAUUAACUUAUGUCAAGGGAAGUACUGCUGUACUCUGAAUCUCUGCAGGGGCACUGAUUUCUCAAAUUCACUACAAUGGCUCUCCUUGUUUAGUAUGUUUAGACCCCAUUAUAACUGGGAAACUCUCUUUCCAGAAGGUUUGAAACACCAGUUAGAAGAUUAAUAUUUUAUAGUGUGAUUUUAAAAAAAAAUCAACUUUUUUAGAUAACUGCAAACUUAUAAAUUCCAUUUAAACCACUUGGUCCUAGAGGAUGGUAUUAGAGUCUAACAGUAGGAGUGAUGCAUCUACCAAUCCAAGGUGGUCAAGUACUUACCGUUAAGGUGUAAGACACUUUUGUGAUGUAUCAUUUGUAUCUCUGUUAAGGUUUUAUCAGUAUUCCUAUAAUAAAUCCAUGUUUCAGGGAUUUAUAACUUGGUUGUGUGUAUGUGAUUGAAAAUCAUCAGUUACUGUAAAACUUUGACUGGGAAUGAAUGUAUUUAAGCUACUUAAAAUCAAUAUAGUUUUUCAAAUUUGAAUAAAAUAGCAUUUUAAGUUAUGGUUUUGUGCUCAAAACUGCGAUCAGAUUUAUUGUUUAAAUGUGAACUAAUGGCUUGUACAGUUUCAUUGUGAGCUGAUCACUUUUAUUAGCUGUCUCUUAUUGAAUCAUCUUACAGCUUACUGUGGAUAAGUGCCAAAAGCUGUUUGUUUAUUUUAUUUAAUUUUGUGCAUGUCCACAUGCCAAAACUGAGUUCAGCUAAAUGCUUUUUUUAGUCUUUGAACUUCAAUUUUGCUUUGCUCAGGUGCAUUUCAGUCUGUUGAAUAAAAAAAGUGACACCUUAUUUUUCAGUAUUCUAAGAUGGAAGUUCACAGGUGAACUAUGCUGCCACAGUUAUGACAAAUAAUAAAAUUGGAGGUGAAAUGUCUUCCAAAACUAAAUCAUAGUGUUGUCUAUCUUGAUGUUAUAAAUUUCAGUUUAAUCUCACUUUCAUUUCUGAUAGUAAUUAUUCCUAACAUAACUAAUUUUUUCUAGUUUUCUUAGACAACUAACAGUUUCAGUUUUUACAUCAAAAAAAGGCCCACUUGUUCAUGGAAAAAGCCAUACUGGUAGAUUGGAAUGUAAUAACUCUCCUAUGUAAAAAUGUGAUCUUGAAUUAAAAUCAUGUAUGUUUACCUGUGUCUUUAACUAUAUAUGUAGUUUUGAUGCAGUUUACCUUUACUGUUUAAUUUACAUCUAACUCUACUACUGGCUGUAAUUUCCCGUUUGUGUAGUGGGAUUUGACUUUCGGCCCCGAGAUAACUGGAUGUCCCGCCAGGGGGCGCUGUGGUCCGCGUUCCCAGUGUCUGUUGCUCUCGGAAGCUUUGGGCUGAUCUCUUGCUCUUGACUGCACAAAAAUUGCAAAAGGGACCAUGAAUUUAAUGUUUCUGAUGUUUUCGGUUUUUUAAGCUAGUGAACAGUUCUUUCAAUGUAUAAACUUGUACAGGUUUAGCUUUGUUAAGUAUGAUGAAUAAAAUGGUAUGGAAUAGGGCAGAAAA